AUGGGAUUCAUCAUCACCUUGUUUCUCCUCCUGGUUUCUCUCCAUGCAAUAUUGUUUUCCCAGGAAAUUAAUUUUGCUAAUAUUGUUGUUAAUGGCACUACAACAAUUGGUGAAACUGAUGAUAAUUACAUUUGUGCAACAAUUGGUUGGUUUCCUAGUGGUACAUGCCGUUACAACUAUUGUAUGCUGCAAAAUUCAUCUGCCAUAACUUUGGACCUGUCUAAUCCUCUACUAGCCAAGACAAUCCAAGCUUUCAGGAAUUUAAGGCUUAAAAUUGGAGGUUCUAUGCAAGACCAAGUAAUUUAUGAGGUAGGAAGUCCAAAGUACCCUUGCCAUCCAUAUCUACAAGCAGGAAACGAUUCGUUGUAUGGAUUAACAACCGGAUGUUUAUACAUGUUGAGGUGGGAUGAGCUGAACCAGUUUUUCAAUAAGACAGGGGCAGUCGUGACAAUUGGCUUGAAUGCUCUCUAUGGGAGGGAGAAACAUGAUAAACACAUGUUUUGGGUAGGAGAUUGGGACCCCAGUAACACUCAGGCUCUAAUGAACUAUACCAUUUUAAAGGGAUACCAUAUAGAUUCAUGGGAAUUUGGUAAUAACUUGAGUGGAAGUGGCAAUGGUACAAGAGUUGAAGCUGGACAGUACGUAAAAGAUGUGAUAAACCUUAAAAAAAUUAUGAAUGAGUUGUAUAGACAGUCCAAUUACAUGUCUACACUUGUAGCACCUGGAGGGUUCUUUAACCAGGAUUGGUAUAUUCAGCUUCUUGAGGAUUCAGGUUCAGACGUAGUCAAUAUUGUGACACAUAGUAUCUACAAUUUAGGUGCAGGUAAUGAUCCCAAUCUCAUAAAGAGGAUACUGGAUCCUUCUUACUUGAGAAACAGCAUAAUAAACACGUUCACAAAUAUUGAAGGGAUGGUUCAAGAUUAUGCUAUUUGGGCUUCUAUAUGGGUUGGAGAAUCUGGUGGUGCCUUUCAGGGUGGUGGUCGUCAUGUGUCUGACAGAUUUGUGAAUAGCUUCUGGUACUUGGAUCAGCUUGGAAUGGCAGCCAAGUACAACACUAAGGUAUAUUGCAGGCAGAGUUUGGUUGGUGCCAACUAUGCUCUCCUCAAUAUAACCACAAUGGAACCCAACCCUGAUUACUACAGUGCACUUCUAUGGCAUCGGCUUAUGGGAAAAGGAGCUCUUGAAGCUAGUAGGCUUCAUGAUCAACCAUAUUUACGCCGAUAUAUUCAUUGUUCAAAAGGAAGAGCAGGUGUAACUUUUCUGCUGAUUAAUUUGAGCAAAGACACUGAAUUCCUAAUAAAAAAUAUCAACAACCACACGAUCAAUGGAGAAUCAUUGAGAGAGGAGUACCACUUAAGUCCAAAAGAUGGGAAUCUUCAAAGCCAAACCUCACUUCUUAAUGGAAAUCCAUUGAAUGUUACCAAUGGAGAACUCCCAAGAUUGGACCCUGUCUUUCGUGAAGGGCAUGCUCCAAUACAUGUUGCACCUUUAUCCAUUGCCUUCAUAGUCAUUCCAAACUUUGAGGCUCCUGCUUGUGCAAAAUACAUUAUAACAUGA